AUGUCGCCUUCUGCGGUUGCUUUGGAGAUACAGGGUAUCGAUAUUACUUCAACACUCAAAAAUUCCAAUUCAACGUCUGUUAAAGCGCCAGCUCCAGCGAUCAUCGAGAUUAAGGCAAAUGGCUAUGCAGUAGAUCUUAAUACAUCCUCUGUACCAUUCCGACCUGUUCCUCAGCCUAGCUUUGAGAUCGAAGAUCACCCAAUAGAUAUUAUCAAACCUCUAAAGGUUGCGGUCAUUGGUGCUGGUCUUGCUGGAAUCAACGCAGGAAUACUCCUUCCCGCCAAGGUACCCGGUAUUCAGCUUACAAUAUUUGAGAAAAACGCCGACGUUGGUGGUACUUGGGUUGAGAAUAUCUAUCCGGGCGUUCGUUGUGAUAUACCUGCCAAUGUAUAUCAAUCGACUUUCGAGCCUAAUACACAAUGGUCUGAAGAAUAUGCGCAAGGAAAAGAAAUCAGAGAAUACUGGCAGAAGGUUGCACGAAAGUACAAAGUAUACGACUACCUCAAAUUCAACCGCAAGAUUGUUGGUGCAGUUUGGAAUGAGGGAAAUGCACAAUGGACUUUGAGUGUCGAGAAUCGAGAGAACGGAGAGAAGCUUGAGGAAGGAUUUGACGUAGUAAUUACGGCAAUCGGUAGAUUCAAUGCUUGGAAGCUACCAGAUUAUCCCGGUAUUGGCGAUUACAAGGGGCAUCUACGCCAUUCGUCGAACUGGGAUCCCAAUUUCGAUCCUACUGGCAAGACCGUUGCUGUUCUUGGAAAUGGUGCUAGCGGAUUGCAAGUCGUUCCAAAUCUUCAGAAAGUCGUUAAACAUUUAGAUCAUUAUGCACGCAGUAAGACUUGGAUUGCGGGAUCUUUUGGUGGUGAAGGAGAGGGUAGAACAUUGGAACCAAAAUAUUUUUCUCAAGAUGUCCUAAAAUCAUUCGAGGAUCCUGACACUUAUCAUAAGUUUCGAAAAGAGCUCGAGAGCAAGUUCUAUACUCGAUUUGCCACUUUGUUCAAAGGUACAGAGGAUAACAAGAAGCUUGAGGAGGAUUUCCGAACAUUGAUGGCAGAACGUUUGAAGAAGAAGCCAGAAUUAUUGGAUGAAAUUGUUCCUGAUUUCGCACCAAAUUGUCGUCGAUUGACGCCUGGGCCUGGUUAUCUCGAGGCUCUGACUGAAGAAAACGUCUCCUUCAUUCGAACUCCUAUUGAAAGAUUCACUGAGGAAGGCAUUGUUACGACCGAUGGUGUUGAACGAAAGGUCGAUGCAAUAAUAUGCUCUACAGGAGCAAACAUUGAUAUGCGACCACCAUUCCCCAUUACUGCCUUUGGCCACGAUUUGGGCGAUGCAUGGGAUCCUGAUCCUCUUACAUAUCUUGGAGUCGCAUCGCCUUCCUUUCCUAACCUUCUUUUUGUCUCCGGACCCAAUGCUCAUGGGACUAGUGGCACUGUUCCAAAUCAAACCGAAACCCAAAUAACUUACUUGGCAAAGUUGCUGCGAAAGAUUAGCCAGCAGAGUAUCAAAACCUUCGUUCCUUCAAAAGACGCGACAAAUGAUUUUAUCGCUUACAGUGACGCUUUCUUCCCCAGAACAGUAUGGACAGACAAUUGCAAGUCUUGGGGAAACUCAGGUAGACCAGGAGGAAGAAUCCAGGGACACUGGCCUGGAAGUGCAUCGCAUGUUAAUUUCAUAAGAAAAGAUCCCAGAUGGGAAGAUUGGGAAUAUACUUAUAAGUCCAAGACUGGAAAUCGUUUUGCAUAUUUGGGGAAUGGUUGGACAGUAAGAGAAACGAUUGCGAAUAGCGAUAUGACGCCAUAUCUCAAGCGUUCGGAUCAGGUAGAUCUGAGAAGUUAUCAUGAAGAAUGGUUUGAAGGUUUAUAG